CUCCUCUCCAUUGAUUUGAAUGUCCCUUAUGUUUCUUAGAAACUUUCCUCUGUUCCUUCCCUUCCAAAAUAGAGACCCAAUUCUUUCCCUUCUUACAUCCAAUGGUGGAUUCAAUAGAAUUCAAUGCAAGCUUCUUGAGGCGUGACAGGAUAGGGUUGGCCUAAAUCUUGUUGGCCGACUACUUUGUAUUUCUUAUCCUUCAAGAUCCGUGUCUAAUAUACUACGAACAACUUUUGGGCUAAAUGAGCGUCGACAACAGUGUUUGAUGUAGGUUUUUAUCUAUUCCAGUUUGUCUUAUCCAAUGCCAAUAACCACAAGUAAGCCCUGGGGAAAGACUUUAUGGUUCAUCCAGACAAAAGUUCUGAGGCUAAAGUAGUGGGAGAAGCCUUCAGAGCGCGUCUUCCUGGAGUUUGCUUAUGUUCCUUACCUGGUCCAUCUCUGGGACUUGCCAGAAGAUAAUCGAACUUUUUCCCUAGAGUGAUUGCUUGCAUCACGGUUGGGUUCGAUGCAGGAUGCAGGGAUUUACGCCGUCUGGGCUGCGUAUUUAAAAUAAAGGUGAAGAUCGACAUCUGGUCCCCUCUACAACAUUGCUUGGAAGCGGGAAAGAAAACUUUGAAGGUUCAAUUGUUGGUUCCUUUUGGGUCUCACUAAGAUAUGAAAACAUCAAAACAGUUUGCAUCCCCUACAGAAGAAUCCUCCACGACCAGAGGAAUUGCACGUUUGAACUUGUAACAGGGGAUGACGGUUUUGGUCCAAAAAAUAUAUGGACUCAAACUGGUCCAAAAAAUGAAAAUUCAUAUGCUUCAUUUUAGAAUGGAGGGCGUAUCUAGGCUAGCCACGUAUGGAGAAAAGAUUUACGCCCGGGUUUCCAUCAGGGAUCUACUCAUUUGAUGUUGGAGGGUCUUUCGCAUCACUGCAACCAGGCGAGGAAGGAAAGAAUUCCAAGAUGUAUGUACGAGAAACAUCCAGCCGACAACAUGAAGAGCGAGCCGACUCUCGGCUCUACCUCCAGGCCUAUGAAAAUCAGUAGGCUCACAAACCUGUUGGACUCUAGGCCGGUUGGGUCCCAGAACAAGAUGGACGGGCAAAUAAUUCCUAUUACAAAUGGAGAGUGGCCUCAAGUAGCACUAGAGACAUAUAGCUCACCAAGAGCAGUGAAUGGGAAGUCUAAAGGGAAAGCGAUAAUGGUGGAGUCAUCUGGCUCACCAAGAGUCUAUGUGCGGAAAUUUUUUGGUAUUUGUAUUCAUGAGCCGCAAGAAGGUUGGAGGUGUCCAACCCCAAGUGGCCUUAUCCGCAUACAUGAACAUAUAUGAGUGAAAUUGCCAAGAUGUGGGGAGUACCUUGACUUUGUGAAUGCUAAAAGCUCACCUCAACCUAUCCAAGUCCAUUUAUUUCUUUGUGAAACCAUGUCUCCUAGUGACAAGGUCGCUUCUUUCAUUUCUACACUAGGACUUUCAUAUUAUUAUUGACUCACUCCUACUGUCACUCUAGAAAAUGGCCAAGUGUAACCACUUCCUAAAGCGUAGUAUAGCGGGUUUGGGUUUUAAUGUCAACUCGGGUCCUAGAUGUGAUGACUACUCAGCGAAUUCUUAUUAUUUAGCGAUGAAACUUUAGUGCAGGUUCAAACAAGCAAACAAGCAAGCAAUUAAACGGUUGUUUCAAG